AUGCUGAUGAGUCCCCUCCUCCUGGACCUCAAGGCUGGGAACUUUUGUCAGCUCCCUGCAGUUCAGAAUCAGGGAAAGUACACUCCAGCAAACACAAUGCUGGUCAAGUCUGCAGUUGUUCCUAGCUUCUUGCUUUUUCUUCUCUUGCCUGAUUUCUCGUGCUCCUGUCCUAGCCGCUGCUUGUGCUUUAGGACUACAGUAAGGUGCAUGCAUCUGAUGCUGGAAAACAUCCCUGAAGUCCCACCUCAGACAAACAUAUUGGAUUUACGCUUCAAUCGCAUCAAAGAGAUUCAACCUGGAGCCUUCAGGAGACUGAAGAAUCUCAAUACACUGCUGCUGAACAAUAAUUUGAUCAAACAGAUUGCAAGAAAGUCCUUUGAAGCUCUGCAGAACUUGAAAUAUCUCUACCUGUACAAAAAUGAAAUUCAGAGUAUCCAGCAACAUGCCUUCAAGGGGCUCCAUUCUCUGGAACAGCUUUACCUCCAUUUCAAUAACCUGGAAACCUUGGAGCCAGAAACCUUUAGCGACCUGCCCAAACUGGAGAGACUAUUCUUGCACAACAACAAAAUUUCCAGAAUUCAUCCAGGAACCUUCUCUCAACUGGAAUCCCUCAAACGGCUACGGCUGGACUCCAAUGCCUUGCUCUGUGACUGUGACUUGAUGUGGCUGGCCAAACUGCUGAAGAAAUAUUCUGAACAGGGCAAUAUUCAGACAGCUGCCACCUGUGAGAAUCCAAGGGAAUUGCAAGGCCGGUCCAUCACCACCUUGACAACCCAAGAAUUUAACUGUGAGAGGCCUCGCAUCACCACCGAGCCCCAUGAUGCUGAUGUCAAGUUGGGAAACACUGUUUAUUUCACCUGCAGGGCAGAAGGAAACCCAAAGCCAGAGAUCAUCUGGCUACACAACAAUAAUAAAAUUGACAUGAAAGACGAUGGGCGCCUUAACUUGCUACAGGAUGGAACCCUGAUGAUCCAAAACACCAAAGAAUCUGACAAAGGCGUCUACCAGUGCAUGGCCAAGAACAUAGCCGGAGAGGUCAAGACACAGGAAGUAGUUCUGCGCUACUUUGGCACUCCAUCCAAGCCCAGCUUCGUGAUCCAACCCCAGAACACAGAAGUGCUGGUUGGGCAAAGCGUCACCUUGGAGUGUGGGGUUUCUGGGCAUCCACCCCCUCAUGUCAUCUGGACUCUGGGCACGGGCUCGCCACUCCUGAGUGAUUCCCGCUUUGCCAUCACGGGCUCGGGAGGGCUGUACAUCCAAAAUGUCACCUUCUUGGAUCAGGGCCAGUACAACUGCAAUGCCAGCAACUCAGAAGGCUCCAUCCAGGCUACGGCAAACAUUAUAGUGCAAGAUACUCCCAGGUUCCUGGUCAUUCCCAUUGAUCAGACUGUGACCGAGGGGCAAAGCGUGGAUUUCUCCUGCACUGCUGAAGGCCAUCCUGCACCUGUUAUCACCUGGACAAGGGCAGGUGGGCCAUUGCCAAAUGAUCGGAGGCACAGUAUCCUCUCCACUGGCACCCUGCGCGUCACGAGGGUUGCCCUGCAUGACCAAGGCCAAUAUGAAUGCCAUGCCAUCAGUGCCAUCGGAGUCAGGAGCCUCCCGGUGCAGCUUUGGGUGAUGCCUCGAGUGAUCCCUGUGUUUCUUCACCCUCCACAUGAUGUGGUAGCUGAGACUGGCCAGGAUGUUGAGAUCACCUGUGCCGUCCAAGGAGAUCCACGACCCACCAUCACCUGGGCCAAAGAGGGUAUUCAGAUCACAGAGAGCGGCAAGUUCCAUGUAAGUCAAGAUGGGACCCUAUCCAUUCGAGACCUGGGAGUGGCUGAUCAGGGCAGAUAUGAGUGUAUAGCCAGGAAUACCUUUGGAUUCACAUCCAGCACCAUGCAGCUGACAAUCACUGCCACGGACGUUGGUCGGAGUGGCGACACCUUUGUAGCCACAUCAAUACAGGAAGCCAUCAGCAGUGUGGACCACGCUAUCAAUUCAACGCGCAUUGAGCUGUUUAGCAAGCGACCCAAAACUCCCAAUGACUUGCUGGCACUCUUCCGUUACCCCCGGGAUCUUUACACCAUCGAAACGGCCCGGGCUGGCGAGAUCUUUGAAAGGACCUUGCAACUGAUCCAAGACCAUGUCCAGCAGGGAUUGAUCGUGGACAUGAAUGGCACGGGCUACCGUUACAAUGACCUGGUCUCCCCUCACUACCUGAAUGUGAUCGCCAACCUGUCUGGCUGCUCCACCCACCGCCGCACACCCAACUGCUCUGACAUCUGUUUUCACAAGCAGUACAGGACCCACGAUGGCUCCUGUAACAAUCUCCAGCACCCGAUGUGGGGUGCGUCCCUCACAGCCUUCCAGCGCCUCCUCAAGCCGGCCUACCAGAAUGGCUUUAACCUGCCGCGGGGCUUCUCUUUGGCGGAAGACUCCAGGGAGCUGCCCCUGCCGCUGCCUCGUCUUGUCUCCACAGCCAUGAUAGGGACAGAAACCAUCACCUCUGACGACCAGUUCACUCACAUGCUCAUGCAGUGGGGCCAGUUUCUGGACCACGACAUGGACCAGACGGUGGCAGCCAUUAGCAUGUCGCGGUUCUCGGACGGGGCACCCUGCAGUGAGGUGUGCACCAAUGACCCACCAUGCUUCUCAGUCAUGAUCCCAGAGAACGACCCCCGGGUGAGGAACGGGCGCUGCAUGUUCUUUGUCCGCUCUAGCCCCGUGUGCGGCAGCGGGAUGACCUCCCUACUGAUGAACUCCGUCUACCCCAGGGAACAGAUCAACCACUUGACCUCUUACAUCGACGCCUCCAAUGUCUACGGCAGCACGGAGCAGGAAUCUCAGGAGCUGAGGGACCUAAGUAGCCAGAGAGGGCUGCUGAAACAAGGGCAGGUGGUGCCCAGCUCAGGGAAACACCUCCUCCCGUUUGCAGUGGGGCCGCCCACCGAGUGUAUGCGAGACGAGAACGAGAGCCCCGUGCUGUGCUUCCUGGCUGGGGAUCACCGGGCCAAUGAGCAACUGGGCCUCACAGCCAUGCACACCCUCUGGUUCCGGGAGCACAACCGCCUUGCCGCUGAGCUGCAGACCCUGAAUCCCCACUGGGAUGGGGACACACUCUACCAUGAGGCGCGCAAAAUAGUGGGCGCCCAGAUGCAGCAUAUCACCUAUGCACACUGGUUUCCCAAGAUCCUCGGGGAAGCUGGCAUGAAGGUGCUGGGCGAAUACAAAGGCUAUGACCCCAACGUCAACGCUGGAAUCCUCAAUGCCUUCGCCACCGCGGCCUUCCGGUUCGGACACACACUGAUCAACCCCGUCCUAUAUCGGCUGAAUGAAACCUUCCAGCCCAUUCGCCAAGGCCACGUCCCUCUACACAAGGCCUUCUUCUCCCCUUUCAGGAUCACCCAGGAAGGAGGGAUUGAUCCUCUCCUCCGUGGUCUGUUCGGGGUCCCUGGGAAAAUGCGGGUACCCUCUGAGCUCUUGAACAUGGAACUAACCGAGAAGCUUUUUUCCAUGGCGCACUCUGUCUCAUUGGACCUGGCAGCAAUCAACAUCCAGCGGGGGAGGGACCAUGGUAUCCCCCCAUACAACGACUUCAGGGUCUUCUGCAACCUCACGUCGGCACAGGAGUUUGAAAACCUCCGGAACGAGAUCAAAAACCUGGAGAUCAGGGAAAAGCUCAGGAGUUUAUAUGGGACUACGAAAAACAUUGACCUGUUUCCAGCACUGAUGGUGGAAGAUCUUGUCCCUGGGACCAGAGUUGGACCAACACUGAUGUGCCUGCUAGCAACACAGUUCCAAAGACUCAGAGAUGGGGAUAGGUUUUGGUACGAGAAUCCUGGAGUCUUCACUCCAGCCCAGGUAACUCAGAUAAGGCAGACGUCACUCGCUCGCAUCAUCUGUGACAACAGCGACCACGUCCAACAGCUCCAAAGGGACGUGUUCCGGGUGGCAUCCUACCCCCAAGGCCUGGUCAACUGUGAGGAGAUCCCGGCGGUCGAUCUCCGCAUGUGGCAGGACUGCUGCGAAGACUGCAGAACAAGAGGGCAGUUCAAUGCUCUUUCUCAGCAGUUCCGGGGCAAGAGGUCUCCCGGCUUCAGCUACCCAGAAGAAAACCCUUCUAAGCACAACCCUGCCAUCCCAAGAAAUGAAGAAUAUUCCCAUGACCAGUCUUCCCAGCGGGACCUUGAGUCCUUCGUGGCUGACCUAGAAAAGACCGUCUCUUUCCUGCGGAAACAGGUCAACUCAUUAGAAGGUCAGCUGAGGUGGUGGCAUAGAAGCACUAAUGAAUAUAGACGAUGGAAGACAACUGGAGAGAAACGGAGAAAAAGAUGA